UACCCUCUGUAGCGAACUAUCUUGUCCUAUUUGUCUGGAAAUAUUCACACCACCUAUUUUGGAGCUGCACUGCUGCCAUAACUACUGCAAGAAAUGUGUCCAGCAAGCUCUUGACGCUCAAAAUUGCCAUCGCAAUAAUGGACAAUUUGUUUGUCCAAUGUGCCGCAAGGUCACUCACUUACGCAGCAAAGGAAUUAAUGGGCUUAAAAGAAACCUAUUUGCUGAAAAUGUGCUAGAUAAACUCAAACAAGAGAUUGAGGAAAUGGCUAAAGAAGAGUUGAUCAAAAAAGACAUAUGCCCACAACAUAAAGAGGAGGAAAAUCUGUACUGUCUGACUGACAACCAACCAAUCUGCACCACCUGCAAGAUUUUUGGAGACCAUAGUACCCAUGAGGUUGCUAAAAUAAGUGAUAUGUACAAGUUGCGGAAGGAGCUCUUUGAUGAGCAGAUGAAAAUGGUGCUGUCUAAAUGUGAUGCACAUGCCAACAUCAUCCAGGAGCUGGGGCAUAACAUGGAACUGCUUCUGUUCAGCAAAAAGCACACCCAGGACUAUGUAAAGAAAGUUGGAAACAGUCUCAUAUGGGAGAUCCAGAUGAAAGUGUCUGCGCUCAUUAUGCGAAUUGAGGCUGAAACUGACAUUAAGUCCGAACUGAUGCAGCGCGGCCUGGAGGUGCUCUAUGAGCCAAAAAGACUAUAUGAUGAAAUGCUCCAACAUGGUCAGAGCAAAACGCCACUGGAGUUCCUCAAGAAGGAGGUUGAUCUAAGAGGGAGGGCUGAAAAGUUGGUCUUGGUUGAUGAACUUGGCCCGCAGUGUAGAGAUUAUGUCUCACACGGCAAGUAUGUCGAAGAACUAAUGAGUGGCUUUGAAAUGGAAACGAUGGGCAAAAUAACAAGAAAAAGCCUUGUGAGGAAACUUUCUAAGAUCCUAAAAGAAUGGAAAUCUGACCGAAAACAUUUUGAUGAUACUGCUUACCGAAGUUUAGAUUUGAUCCUGGAAAAAAACGUGUUCCUUGAGCAGGAGCAGGAUUCCAAAGACAGCUUGGCCGGGGAACUUUGGAGGUCUGAAGAGGAUAUCGAUGCCAAAGAGGGGGCAAUAGCAUCUAAGGCCGAAGUUCACCAACAGACUUCAAAGUGCAACGUGUAAGUGCACCAAUUGCUGAAAGAGAAGACAAGUGCUCUCACAAAAAUCAUACUUUUACGCCAAAAAUAUUUUUGCAUCAAUAAAGCA